AUGGCCUGCGAUUGUGGAUCUACUUGUAACUGCGGCGGACCAGGCUCUUGCUCCUGUGGCCAGAGCUGCUCAUGUAAGAACUGCGGCAAAUAA